AUGCCAUCUUCAACUGGUUUAUAUCACCGACGAUGGGGUGCUGGCAGUAAUAAUUCCGCUGCUGCUACAGGCUCGAAUCUGCGCUCACUCAGUUCAACCGUUGAACCACAUACGUAUGGAACAAGUUGGAACUCAGUUCGUUGGAAUAAGCCAGUGUUUGGUGAUGAGCGCAGAGGAGGUCAUUUGAGUCGUCUGACGAAAGCUUUUGAUUCGGCCGCAUCGAAACCACUCGGUACAGCAAUGCUAUCGUCUACAUCCGGCAGGACUAAUCUAGCCCGCUUUAGCACCCCAUCGCAAUCACCCUCAUCAAAGCGUUUCACCAUCGAUACUGGCUCUCGCAAUUCCACAAACGAUAGCGGCUCACUGGGAUCGAAUCGAGGAAGCAGCCUAUACAAUGCAUCGUCGAGAUAUUCCUCUUCGUUGGAGAAAGGCCGUUCUGCAGCCGGAACUUCACGUACCUCCUCAUUAUACGAGUCGUACCCAAAACGAACGAUAUCUUCUCCCGCUCCGUCGUCAUCCAUUCGUGAACGUUACACCACGCGUUCGCCCACCAUCGAACGUCGCAAUCGCACUUCAACAAGUCCAACAUCAAAAUUGGAACGACCCUGGCGACAACGACUUAAUGAAGCUGCGCGUUUGCGAAAUCUGUUCGAUGGUGAAAAUAAUAAUAAUAAUAAUGAUAAUAAUGAUACGGGAGGAAUGCAUUCAUCGAACAUAUCGCCAUCAUCAUACCAUUAUUCACAACGUUACUCGAACAACAGUCUCUCCCAUCAAAACAGCACUGAGGAUUUGAGAUCGUCACGCAACUCUCUGAAUCGAUCGUUUUUGGAUAACUCAACAUUAGGAUCAUUACGUAAUCGACUUGCUUCAAGGAAUUCUUCAUUAGACAUUUCAAGUAUCGGCAAUAGCUCAGCAUUUCGAGGAACUACAUAUCCACUGGCCACAAAAUAUGGCGCUAGUAAUUUUUCGAGUUAUAACUCGUGGAGGCAAGGUCUAGCGAAAAAUCGUGAACCGAUGCUGUCCAGGAGUUAUUCUCCUGUUCGACCUCAAGAAUCGUUGUACACAACGCUGGCUGCACGCUAUGGUUCAUUUUCAAGGGAUGUAUCUCCGCGAAUUCGCCGUCUGAUGGCACAACAGCAACCGAGUAUUGAGAGUAGCCUUCUGAAUGUUUACACUCCAAAGAAUUAUUCGCUGGAGACCAUCAAUAACAAGAGUCGCGAUAGCAGUGUGGGACUGGAGAGUGUGCGCAAGAGAUUGUCAGCUCGAGAGAGAACAGCUCGUCACAACUCGAGGCAAAAGAGUCAAUCUACAGAGCCAGCAUCAGAUUCGGAAUCUUCGUCUGGUGCCGAAGAACGAGCCGAAUCUCGCGAGCGUCGUCUCAGGAAGAGGCGUCUUCGACGGAAAGCCACAAGAUCACCAAGUUACGUUUCAGUGAACAGCGAAAAAAGAGGCAUCCCUGAUGGGGCACUAAUCGAGAGUGCUGAAGCAGUUGAGUUGAAAUUAUCUAUAGUUCCCAAUAGUGGCAAUUGCAAACCUCUGGUUUCGUAUUAUUUGUAUUCAAACGUUUCAGAGGAUGAAAACAGUAUCGCGAGCGAUUCAGAGCCUGACAAGGAAGUAGUUUCCGAACGGAUUGAAGAAACACAAAGUGUGAAAGAAGAAGUAGAAGAAAUUGGCACGGAUGAAAUGGGAUUGAAAGGCAGUAAGAACGAAAAAGAAGGCGUUGAAGAGAUUCCUGGACAAGAAUCGAUCGCACCCAAGAGCGAGUCAACCGAGAACGAGGGCAGCAAAGAUGGAGCUGAACAAGUUCAGAAGUUAUCUGCAAGUGCAACUGAGCUGAAAGCUGAGGCAAAUGAAACUGUAGUGGAAUGUGCGAAUGUGCGACAAGCACAGCAGCCCUCUGAAGCGUUUGAAAACCCAUCUGAUGCAUUCCAGAAAGCCACUGAUCGUAGUGUUUCACCAAAAGUUGAACCAUUAAAAGAAGCGAAACCCUCGGAAGAGAGAGAACAACCGGCUGGGGGCGAUAAGGGUGAUGCGACCGAAGUUAAGAGUGAUCGAGAGGAAUAUUCGGCAAUAGCUUGCUUUCAUCCAGGUGAACGAAAGAAACUGAGAAAAGCACCUGUUCCGGGCACGUGGAUUGGUCCUAAGUGUGACGAGAUGAAUAUCAGUCAAAUCAGAUCAAUCGAAAAGAAUCCGCCAUCGAACACCGCCAAAGUGAUGACCAUUCUGAAAACGUUCAGUUUUUGUGAGGCACCCGUAAUGCGAAUUCGUUUACCGAAAGUGAAGAAGAAGGUGUUGAAGGAGAUCAGCGUUGAUGAAUCUCUUAAAGCGGUCGAGCUUGGUGAAGGAGUUGUGUUCACAAACGAAUGCCGAAGCGAAUCUUGUGUAUCGAAAAAGGUUCGUGUUCCACCGUCAUCGACAAAGAAACGACCACCCGAGCCAAUAGAAUCGUCUACGGCUGUCGAGUUGAAGAUAGCAUCAAAGAAAGCGGAGCAGCAAUCCGAGACAGCCCAAACACGUUUCAAAACAAAAGCGUUAGUUCUUGUUCUAUUAUCAUUGACUGGUCGGAUGCGAUAA